AUGACGGCACCAGCGACUGGUAGUACAGGAAGUAGAGGAGGGGGUGGCGGAGGUGACGGCGACGGCGGCGGCGGCGGCGGAGGUGGCGGUAGUGGUGGUGGCAGUGACAGUGGUAGUGGUGGCGGCGGUACCCCCGGUGGGGACCGUAACGGCGGCGGUGGUGGAGGUGGUUGUGCCGGUGGUGGUGGCGAAGUCGCGGAGAAGGAGGAGAGGCCACCGGCUUCAGAGACUGUCGAGCCGACGGCCGCGUUUGACGUCGCAUCCCUCGUACUCUACGGCUCGCGCGCACUGCCGAUACGCCUUAAGAUCUUGCUCGAUCAGUUGUUCAACCAGUUGCCCCCCGCGCAAGUGACACGUAUUCUAGCUGCCUUCGGUUGGACCCACGAGGAUUACACGCGAGGAUACAUACUGCAGGACUCGCAGAACGGCCCGGUGCUGGACCGAUGGAGUAUCUGCUCGGCUGAGGAGGAACCGCUGGUCCUGCAGCAGUUCCUCAGGUUCGCCGAGACGCGUCCCUUUGUGCAGCAGCUGCUGCUGGCCGCCGGAACGCCGGGUGCGGAUGCUAUGUCACCAAGCAGACGACCUUCGCCACCGACGAUGCCACUAGCACACUUGCCGCCCCCGUUGCAUAUGCUCCACUGUGGCCUACCGCCACCGGGUUCCCGGCUGCCACCGCCGCUGCCGCCGCCUCCGCCGCCACCACCGUCGUCGAUCUCGCAUCCCUCGAUGUCGCCAUCGGCGCAGAAGCACUACUCCUCGUCGAAUCCCGUCGGCGGUGUCAGCAGAGCAAACUCGCCCCCGCGUUCCUUAGACUCUCACCUGACGGUGUCGCCGUUGAAUCGGCUGCAGAGCAUGCAGCCGUUCGACUUCCGGAAGCUGGGCACCCUCGGAUUGCCGGCGUUCCCGCCGUUGCCGCCGCCGCCGCCGUCCGCGGAGCAGCUUCUGCAAAAUCGGAAGUCAAUGAGGAAUCCGCAGAGUCCCCAUAGUCCACCUCACCACUCGUCUGCGUCGCAGCUGCAAAGGCCGCACAUGCCGGUCGCGCCGAUCUCUACGUCGGCGUUGACUUUCGGUCACCCGCUCUCGGUCGCGGUCUCCUCCGGAGCGCUACCACCGAGCUUCCCGACGCACUUUCCGCCGCCACCGAUGGGCAAGUCGCCCGGUGGCAUCGUCGGCGGGCUCACCGUGCCCACGGACGUGCACAGCGGCGGUGAGAAGAGCAGCGAUUUCGGCUCGGAGGAGGACGAGGACGACGAGGAUAACUCCGACAGCGCGUUGAAUCUCAGCAGACGAGACGCUGCUAUGUCGAAGCACAUGAUCAUCUCCGAGCAACGGCAUCCACCGCCGUUAUCGCUCCAGGCCACGCCGUUGGGCAGGCCGCCCGGUAUACCUGGCAGGAAGCCGCACUCUCCGGGUAAGCGACCGGGCAGUCAAUGGGGCGCCGCCGCGAACUUGCCCCCGAACCUCGGUACGCCCUUUAUCAAUCCUACCACCGGCAAGAAGCGCGUGCAGUGCAAUGUCUGCCUGAAGACCUUCUGCGACAAGGGCGCCCUGAAGAUCCACUUCAGCGCGGUGCACCUGCGCGAGAUGCAUCAGUGCACCGUCAAGGGCUGCAGCAUGAUGUUCAGCUCGCGCAGAUCGCGCAACCGGCACAGCGCGAAUCCAAAUCCGAAGCUACACUCGCCGCAUCUGCGCCGCAAGAUCUCCCCGCACGACGGCCGCUCGUCCAUGGCGCAUGCCCUAGUAUUGCCACCGCAGGUGGGACUUCCGGUACCUGCUACUGGACUGAAUCACCUACCUUUCGGACCGUUUCCGUUGCUUACGCCGCCGCCAGAUCUCCGCUCGCCGGCGUCGUUGUGCGCGCUGGACUUCAAGCAUCUGGAUCUGUCACCCGCCACGCAGGCGGGCCAGGGUAGAUCGUACGACGAGGCGCUGCAGCAAAGGAUGUCGGUGAACACGGGUCUGUCGACGACCACAGCGUCGACGACGAUGCCGGUGCCGAUGUCGAGCGUUGGGGCGACAACGACCACGAUGGCGCGAGGCACGUAUUCUGGUGGCGGCGCGUCCAUUAGCGCAGUUUCGCCGUCCACCCAGGCAUCGUCCAUCAUGAUACCGGAGGGCGAAGAAGACGACGAUGAUGACGAUGGCGGUAUCGUCGUGGUCGCGGAGGACGAAAUCAGCAAUCUGCCGUCGAGGUUGCAACCGCUGCGCGCCGACGACGACGAGCAACCGGCCGACUUCAGCCUGGCGAAGCGACCGAAGCUCUAUUUCGGCGACACCGCUGACGAAGACCUCGCUAGUAAUCCCGACAGCAACGAGGACAACGACUCGAUGGGCACGGUCGAUCAGCAGCCUUUCUCCGUGAACCAACACUCGCUUAAUUCGAGUUCCUUUCACAGUCGAGGCGUGCGCAAAAGAAAAUCUCAACAUCCCACGAGGUGCGCUGUGCCGGCGGAAGUGCAUUCCUCGUCUACCGACGGCGACUCCUCCAACGACGAAGAGCAGCGAAUUCAACGGCGGUGUCUGUCGGACGGCGUUAUCCCACCAAUAGCAGAAUUUCAGAAUCAGCCAGAAGACAUGUCGAUGUCCAGGCUUGAGGCGGAGGAGCGAAAGAUGCUCCCCGGCUCGCCGAAGAAUCAAAAAGGUGGCUUUCACGAUCGCGAGUCGAACUCGCGCUCUCCGGACGCCGGCAAUGGGGAGCGCGAGGCGGCGGCUAAUCGACGCGAUACCCUCUCCUCUCAAGACAACGCGGAGGAGCUACCUCAGGACGAGCCUCGUGACUUGAGUUCGAGGGCGAGCUCGGUCAAGUCGCCGAAACGACAGAUCACCCCGGAACCAAAGAUCGACAACGCGCCGUCGUCGAGCACGACAUCGAGCGGGGCGACGACGGCGACGACAACGAUGACGACGACGACAAAAGAUCCCGACGCGACGUUGUCGGAGCAGAAAGAUCGACGAAUGAGUGCGGAAAGCGACGAGACAACAAGGGCGAAAGAAGAGACGAUCGCGAAAAAGGAACCCGCCGAGGUGACGCAGGAGGAAGGAAGGCCGACGAACAACGAGGUGCACCACGAGGACGAGGAGGACGACGAUGAUGAGCCCAUGGAGGAGGUCGAGGAGGAUGAUGGUGAUGAGGAGGUGGACGACGCGCUGCGCAAUCAAGAAGGUGAGCGUCCCGAUGAUCCCCCCCGUGCCCCGAGCUCGGUCGACAGCCGUCCGACGACAGCCGACGACCUCUCCCACGACUCCUCGAUCAACACUUUGCGUCAACUCGAGUCCUUGUCGCAGGGUCGAUGCGCGAUGCCGUACACCGAGACGCAGCGGGUGGCUUCGAGGUCUGGCCGCGGCUCUACCAGCCCUAUCAGCCUCACAACCCACCAGGAGAUCACCAUGGACUCCUCACGUGGCUCUCGUUCAUCCAGCGCCUCACCCUCCACAGUGGCCAUGGAUACGGACAAUAGCCUGAUCACGUACGCGCGUUACGAGAACGGCGGCUUUGUCAGCACCCAGGAGGUGCCGCUCGACCGUGAGAAUCCGCGCCGUUGCACCGCCUGCGGCAAGGUCUUUCAGAAUCACUUCGGCGUCAAGACCCACUAUCAGAACGUCCACCUCAAACUGAUGCACCGCUGCAGUGUGGACGGUUGUAACGCGGCCUUUCCCUCGAAACGAUCUCGCGAUCGCCACUCGGCGAAUCUCAAUUUGCACCGGAAACUGCUGUCGACCUCGUCGAGCCCGCCGCUUUCCUCCAGCCUGCCACCGAGCUUGUCGCCGCGUGUCGACGACCCGCAGAUGAAUCCGCUGCUGCACAACGAGUUCCUGGCGAGACUCUAUGCGGACGCUAGUAUCGGCGCGUUGGGCGCGUACCCCUUAGCACCCGGGCUACCGUCCGCGGUCGACUUGGCGGCCCGGAUACCACCGCCGCACCCGCUCCUGCUACCGCCGCAUCUUGGCGCCACGUUCCCGGGUCUGUCCUCGUUCGCGUCUCACUUGGCCGGUCUAAACGGCCUCACCCAUCAGCAUCUGAAUCAUCUGACGAGACUGACCCAGGAGCAGGGCAACAGGCACGCGUCCGUCUCGGGUUCGCCCGUGUCCUCGCCGGGCUCGGACGAUCGCAAGGAGGAGGCUAGGUGCACUGUACCCGGCUGCGAGCGCGUCUUCGGUUCCCGGGCCGUGCGGGAUGCGCACUCCAGGGAUCCCCAGGCCCACCGCGACCUGCCGAUCCUGUCCAGCAGCAGCGGCUCGUGACCGAUCUCGUUCUGCGGCCGCGGACACAAUUAUUAUCCCUUACUGUGAUGCCAAAAUCCUAACUCGGCGAUUCGAUUCGGCCGAUCGAUCGCCGAUGAUCUCGUUUCUUUAUUAGGAUCGGCAGACCUAGACGCGGUCUUCCCCACGAAUGGGGCACGCUCCGUUGCCCCAAAACGUUCCAUUCGAAGGUGCGUAAAAACGUGCAAUAUCGAGCGGAGUGCGUGCGGAAUGAUCGACCGUCAACGUGGCCGACAUGAAGCGGUCCCGUUGAACAACGCCUGCCCAUGGAGUGAACGAGCCAGUUCCAAUGCGGUAAUAUCUGCCUGCCAGUUCUUCCCAUUUCUCAGAUUUAUACGUCAGAACGCAACACGCGAGUUUGUUGGGCUAAUCUAGUCAAUUUGGAAAUCUCGAUUUCGUGCGUUGUCGGAAACGACGGUAGAAGUCGCGCGCUGAAUCGCUGCCGGUUUAUUUCGCUCGAUUAAUCAGACUAAUAUCAUGCAAAAUUCUCAGCGAUGCAUAUCAAAUUUUAAACUCAUAGCAAUGGUAAUGAAGCAAUUAUUUAAUCAAGAGAUCCAUCUCAUAAAAUAAUUUUCAAGUUUUUUAACAAGGAACAAAUGAUUAUUGUAUAGAAUUUUUAUUUUUAUAUUUGUUUUUUAUAGUGAUACGUGAAUUAUAUCACACAAAAUUUAAAUAUUUUUUUCACUUUCUGAGUAAAAU